AGGGAACAGUAGAGGUGACCAAACAGGGGAAGAAAGUGUGCACCAUGGGACCAGGGAAGGUGUUUGGAGAGCUGGCCGUCCUGUACAACUGCACCCGCACAGCAAGUGUUACAGCUCUGACUGACAUCAAGCUCUGGGGGAUUGACCGCCAUGGCUUUCAGACCAUCAUGAUGAGGACCGGUCUCAUUAAACAUUCCCAGUACACAGACUUCCUCCGCAGUAUUCCUUCAUUCCAGUCUCUGACUGAGGAUGUUGUCAGUAAAGUGGCUGAUGUUCUGGAGGAGACUUUUUACAGGGAUGGGGAAUAUAUUAUCCGUCAGGGAGCCACAGGAGACACGUUCUUCAUCAUCAGUGAAGGACAGGUGAAAGUUUCUCAGCAGCUCUCAGCCAGUGAAGAGGAGGUGACAGAGAAGACGCUUUGCAAGGGGAACUGGUUCGGAGAACAAGCUUUGAUAGGCGAGGACGUUCGCACCGCCAGUGUCACGGCUGUGGGAGACGUCACGUGUUUGGUCAUUGACAGAGAGUCCUUCAAACAGCUGAUCGGAGGGCUGGAUGGACGCAGCCACAAGCAUCACGACAGCGACGAGGUCAAGGCUUUACAACAAGCAGAGGCUAAUUUCUUCUCCAGUAUAUCACUCACUGAUCUCCAAAUCAUCUCCACUCUGGGGAUGGGAGGCUUCAGUCGUGUAGAGCUGGUUAAGUUAAGGACUGAUUCCAGUCGUUCGUUUGCCUUGAAAAUCUUGAAGAAACGUCACAUCCUGGACACCAGCCAGCAGGAUCACAUUUUGUCUGAGCGCCGCAUCAUGAUGGACGCUCAUAACUCAUUUAUUAUCAGGUUGUAUCGAACUUUCCGAGACUCCAAAUAUCUCUACAUGCUCCUCGAGGCUUGCCUUGGAGGUGAACUGUGGUCACUUCUUCGAGACAGGGGCUCCUUUGACGAUGCCACCACUCGUUUCUACACAGGCUGUGUAAUCGAGGCUCUGGCUUAUCUUCAUUCCAAAGGGAUCAUCUACAGAGACCUCAAACCUGAGAACAUCAUACUGGACCACAGAGGAUAUGCCAAGCUGGGAGACUUUGGUUUUGCCAAGAAGGUUGGUCUGGGUAAAAAGACAUGGACAUUUUGUGGGACGCCUGAGUACGUUGCCCCUGAGAUCAUCCUGAACAAAGGUCACGACAGCUCGGCUGACUGCUGGUCACUGGGGGUACUGAUGUUUGAGCUACUCAGUGGAAGUCCUCCUUUCUCCGGCUCUGAUCCAAUGAAGACCUACAGUAUCAUCCUGAGAGGCAUUGAUAUGAUUGAGUUUCCCAAGAAGAUCACCAAGAGCGCUGCUAACCUCAUCAAACGGCUUUGCAGGGACAAUCCUUCGGAGAGGCUGGGUAAUCAAAAGAAUGGAGUGAAGAAUGUCCAGAAACACAAGUGGUUUGAGGGCUUCAACUGGGAUGGCCUGAGGCAGGGGAGCAUAAAGCCUCCGUUCACACCCACAGUGGAUGGACCGCUCGACAGCAGCAACUUUGACUGUUUCCCGGAUGAUGCAGAGGAGUCUCCUCCUGAUGAAGAGUCUGGCUGGGACAUGGAGUUUUAGGAUGGAGCUUUAUGACCAACUGAAAACUAAGAUAAAAAAGGGGGGGGGGGGCAUGUAAAAACAGGAAAUAGAGCCAUAUUAAGGGUUUGAAGGGAUAGAAGAGUUUUAGUUUAUCACUUAUACUGUAUAUCUAAUCUUCAGUAUGUGCAAAAUAUAAAAAAACAUAUAACUAAGAUGGAAAAUAACAUGGAUAAUAAUGAAAUCAUUUCAAUUAAAAAAAAGGUUUCCCUGACUGUAUGCUGACAAGAUAAUACAAUUUCAUUCAGUUUAAUUAAUUCAGACACCACAACAACAUUCAUUUCAGGACACUUUACUAAAGAAAAAAUCCAAAUCAUAAAAUCAGUUCCGUUCUAGAUUUGGAUCCAGUUUUAGUUAAUUCGUUCUUGUUGUAAUACAAACAUUCAGAUACAGCAAAUCAGUAAUGCCUGGUUCACACAGUAAGCUAUGAUGUCAAUUUUUGGCCUGAUUUUGCCCUUCUGAAACUCUUACGGACGCCCAGAUUAUCAUGGCUCUAAAGAUAAUCUUAUGAGAUAUUCCUAUCUUGUGUGGUGCGGUCUAGUCUAGUCUGCAUAAAAGGAUGUUGGGAAUGCACUGAUCUCAAAUUGAGAAUAUUCAACAUGUUGGUUGGUUUUGGCCCAAUAGUGUGUGCUCUUUGGACAAACAAGCUUGCAGCCUGUUGAAUGUGAUGUGUAGCCAAUCAGAAAGUGAGGUGAUGUAAACAUGGAAUCCAAAGAAGGCAAAACAACUGUCAUGCUGCACCAGAAAGUCCACUGGACGUCGAAGAUGUCUUUUUGUUUUGUUUAUUCUCUGUUCAAAACAGUCCACAAACUAUCACCAUCUCUUCUUCCUCAUCAGCUUUGUUUAUUUACUCUGAAGUCACGUUUGAUCUCGAGGGGUUGGUGAGAUUUCCCGUCUGACAUCUGAAUGUUAUGAGUUAGUGUAAAUGAAAUCUGUUCAUGUGUAGUAUGUUGAAUUUCCCAUAUGACUGUACUCUACACACUGUGGGACCAAACCUGUUAGAGCUAUGAUUUUUUUUUUUUUUUUUGUCAUGUGUGGGGUCUUUCAGUCUUUGCAAAUCAACAGACAUUUUUCAAACCUUGCCAUGUGAACCAGGCAUAACAUCAAAUUAAGGUAAAAGCUUUUUUAUCUGCAUUAUAUCUUGACUUUGUUGCAAUCUCACAUCCUGAGCAGCAAGUUAGUGACAGUGGAAAGAAACAACUCCCUUUAAUCAGAAAGAAACCUUCUGUACCAGUACCAGGCUCAGGACAAACAGUUUCUGGCCACCAGGCUCUGAAAAGACAGGAAAGAGAUACAGACAAACCAGGAUCAGUCCAAGUAGAGCUUCUAUAGGAAGACAAAGAAAAACAAGGCAACUAUAUCACAUUGAAAAGACAUAUAUCAGUUUCUGGCAAUUCAUUCAUAUAUUAAGCAGACAAACAAGCUUUCUCUCCUACCCUUGAAAAAAAUCUGUAAAUACAAAAAAUUUAUUUAUAUAUUUCAUAUUUAGUUCCUGUUUGAAAAAUAACAAGUGCGUUGUCUUCGGGUGUCUGCUGGGACCCAAAGACAGCUUGACUCUUUAAUAUCAGGAUUAUUUAUGAGGGUGACCCAACCUGCAGCUGAUUAUAUUUUCCAUUGAAUUAUGUCCUUAGAAGUGGCAGAAGACAGGAAUGAGUCAGCACAGCAGUUCGUCCGGGAACAAACAGAUAACGCAGGAUAAACUUUGUGCAAGUAUUUUUCUGUCGGCUUUCACAGGUCAUGAUCUUUAACCUUCUGACCACAGGGCAGUUUCACAUUUACCCUGACUGUGUUCUUAUUUCUAUCUACUAUUUAUUGUCCUGGAUCACUUUUACAGUGGUUUCUCAGUUGUGCUGAGAAGUGUAGCCUUUUUUGGUUUUUGUCUAUUAGGUAAUUUGUAUUAUUUAUUCUAAUGUAAAAUAAAGUCUUGAACGUGAUCAGUGUUUGUUCAAGGAUUAUAAGAAAACCUGUUUUCUGUCCAAAUGUUUACAUUUUUUCUUUAACAAAUUGUGACUUUAAAGUAUGUUUUAGGUUGAAGCUUAAAUUUGCCUGUCAGUUUUUCUGAGCGUUAUGAAAAAGCAAAUAGCCUGAGGCAGUGUUUGGAUGACAAGGGUUAGGUUUCAUGUUUUAUGUUUAUGUUCAAGACUGGUGUCUGUUUCAUGGCUUACCCGUCCUCAGCGUGUUUUCUUAAAAGCACCUGUACUGAUUGUUUACGACAACCUGUUUCACUGUGUUCACUGUCAAUAUUUGUUGUCAUCAUGCUGGGUUUCAUAUCAGGGCAUAAAUAAAGCUUGAAGAACAGAAACAAA